UGCUCCACCGGAUGGACUAGAAUUUCAUCACUUGUCCCCUUCCAUUCAGACGGAAUUGAUAACAAUCCUCGUUAUCUCUCUUCCUGCUAUCAUGUCAUCAGGUGCUAUCAAGACCUUACAGCAGAAACUUUUUAGAGGAACUGAAGAUACCAAUGGCACUCAGCAAAUGGAUUCGCGUGAUCCUGGACUGACAAUUCAAAUUCCCAAGGCAGAAUUGGCACCACAGGCUCCCAAACCACCACCAAAGACUACAAAGGCUGUUUCAGGCGAUCCUAAGAUUCAGGGAAAUGAUUCGACCAAGAGCUAUAGACAGAGGUUAUCCGAAUUAUUAGGGGUGGACUAUCAUGGAGUUGAGAAAUAUCGUUUGCUGCAAGACCAGAAUCGUGAGCGUCACUGGAAGCGGUGGGGACCAUAUCUCAGCGAUAGACAAUGGGCAACUGUUCGGGAGGACUACUCAGACAAUGGUGACGCCUGGAGUCAUUUCCCCCAUGAACAUGCUCGAUCCCGAGCGUACAGAUGGGGCGAAGAUGGCAUUGGUGGCAUCUCUGACAGCCAUCAGCGCCUUUGCUUUUCACUUGCUCUCUGGAAUGGGCAGGACUCCAUCCUGAAAGAAAGGCUAUUCGGAGUCACCGGCCACCAGGGAAAUCAUGGAGAAGAUGUCAAGGAACUCUACUACUACCUGGAUUCUACCCCAACUCAUUCAUAUAUGAAGUUUUUAUAUAAAUAUCCUCAACGCAGGUAUCCAUACGAGGAACUAGUGAACGAGAAUGUUCAUCGUGACCGCAACGUCGGGGAGUAUGAAAUUCUAGAUACCGACGUCUUCGAUCAUGAUCGCUAUUGGGAUGUUUUCAUAGAGUAUGCGAAAGACGAAGACGAUCCAGACAAUGUUUACAUCCGUAUUACGAGCUACAACCGUGGACCUGACCCCGCCACCUUGCAUAUUAUCCCGCAACUGUGGUUCAGGAAUACUUGGUCCUGGCCCGCACAGAAACCACCCAUGCCAUCAUUAUCCGCUGGCGCUACCGACGACGACAUUAGCUACAUCAAGGUUAAACACCCCGAAAUGGGGGGGAAUUUCCUGUGCUGCCUACCGUCUCCUCCACCUGCGGGCACGGACGGGAAAUUUGUCGGUGAUGAAGAUGCUGUUAUAAAACCGGAAUUGUUGUUUACAGAAAACAACACAAAUUUCCGCCGAUUGUAUGGUGGCAUGAAUCAGAGUGUAUGCGUGAAAGAUGCCUUUCACGACCAUAUCAUUCCAUCUCACAGACCCCAGCGAGGGCGCUCAGACUCACAUGGGCUGGAUGGCUCGAGUACUCCGCGUCCAGCAGUAUCCACCCCUACUUGCGAUGCUCCACCCCAGGAGUUCCCAUUUGUGAGCCCCGAAAAUCAUGGAACCAAGUCUGCAGCACACUAUGUAUUCCGCGAUGUCCCAGGUCAAGGUGGAUGUGCUGUAGUCCGUCUGAAGUUGACUCCACUUUCUCCGGACAAGGACCGAAGCCUGGAAGACGAGGGUGCUUUCGACGAUGUGAUAGAGGAGCGCCGGGAGGAAGCAAAUGAAUUUUAUAGUUCUCUGCUCUUUGGUCCCAUUAGCGACGACUUAAAGCAGGUGAUGAGGCAAGCGCUUGGGGGUAUGCUUUGGACAAAACAGUUCUAUUGUUUUGUACAAAAGGAGUGGAUUGAAGGUGAUCCAGCCCAACCUCCCCCUCCCCCUGGACGCCAACAUAUUCGCAACAAGCACUGGCGCCAUAUGCACAUAGAAGAUAUUCUUUCCAUGCCUGACAAGUCAAUGGGAAUACCCUUUUUUUGCGGCAUGGACACGGCAUUUCAUUGCAUUCCCCUUGCCGUGGUGGAUCCUGUAUUUGCAAAGAAGCAAUUAGAUAUCUUGACUCGAGAAUGGUACAUGAAGCCCGAUGGUCAGAUUCCUGCAUACGAAUGGAACUUCAGUGAUGUAAACCCACCGGUCAUCUUCAAAAUAGAGCGUAAGCUUACUGGAAGAGAGGAUGUCCCUUUCUUGGAACGUGUCUUCCAGAAGUUACUGCUCAAUUUCACGUGGUGGGUCAACCGCAAGGAUUCCGGGGGAAACAACGUGUUCGAGGGAGGAUUUCUUGGACUUGAUAAUAUCGGCAUCUUUAACCGUUCGGAGCCACUCCCCACAGGUGGAAAUUUGCGCCAGGCAGAUGGCACUGCGUGGAUGGCAUUCUAUUGUUUGAAUAUGCUAAACAUAGCCCUUGAGCUGGCAAAGCACAAUGCCGUAUAUGAAGACAUUGCUUCCAAGUUCUUCGAGCACUUCAUUUUUAUCGCAGACGCUAUGACAUAUAGAUCAGGUGACAACGAGUCGAGCCUGUGGAAUGAACAAGAUGGCAUGUACUAUGAUGCCAUUGAGUUUGGCCCUGGAAAUUCGGUUCAGCUUCCCGUUAGGAGCCUUGUCAGUCUCAUUCCUCUCUACGCGACCCUUGUCCUGGAACCCGCCGUAAUCAACCGAUUUCCCGGAUUCAAGAAGCGCAUGGAAUGGUUCAUUGAUAACCGGCCCGAAAUAUCGGGGAGAAAUAUGGCGAAUAUGAGGGCCGGAGGUAGAGGUGAACGUCGUUUACUUGCUUUGGCUAGCAAAGAACGCCUGGUGCGUAUACUGGAGAAGAUGUUAGACGAGGAUGAGUUUUUCAGCGAAUACGGCAUUCGUUCUCUAUCCAAGCUGCAUAAGGAAAAGCCUUGGGGAAUGCAGGUCAACGGAGAUUGGCAUGAGGUAGGGUAUUGGCCUGGAGAAUCCCUCUCUGGAAUGUUUGGUGGAAACUCAAAUUGGAGAGGGCCUAUCUGGCUCGCUGUCAACUUCCUUCUGAUAGAGAGCCUGCAGCGGUUUUAUCAAUAUUACGGUGAUGAGCUGCAGGUCGAAUGUCCCACCGGAAGUGGAGACUAUAUGAACCUCGUGGAGGUGGCAGAGGAAAUUCAACAUCGAAUAAUUCACAUCUUUGGACGUGAUAUGGAAGGCAAAAGGGCCACCAACGGUGGGAACGUGAAGCUUGACCAGGACCCACACUUCCGCGAUUACGUCUCCUUUUAUGAGUUCUUCCAUGGAGAUAAUGGGCGCGGUUUAGGGGCGUCGCAUCAAACAGGAUGGACCGGCCUCGUUGCAUACCAUAUCCUACAAAGCGGUGUCAGCUGUCGAUUGCCGAAAACUCCACGAACACCCCGCAGCCUUGUCAAUCAUUACUUUGAUGAAACAAUUGAUGCGCCAUCCGAGCACGGUGGGGAUACCCAAUCAUUGUACAGUGCCAUUAGCGCACUGGAGUUGAACACAUUGGGCGAUAUCUCUCCUGAUGCUCUGUGAUAUCUGAGACAAUAGUUACCUUGUGAUUCGCUUAUCAUAUAGACAGUGUUAGAUGCCAAGAAACACCCGUACAGCUCUGUACAGAUGCC